GUUUGCGACUCCCCAGUAUUUCAGAGUGGAAGAAGAAGCUCAAGAUGGCGGAACGUGGCUACAGUUUCUCUCUCACCACAUUUAGCCCCUCUGGUAAACUGGUCCAGAUCGAGUAUGCUCUGGCAGCGGUGGCGGCCGGAGCCCCCUCUGUGGGCAUCAAAGCUUCCAAUGGCGUUGUCCUGGCAACAGAGAAGAAACAAAAGUCCAUACUGUAUGAUGAACAGAGCGUCCACAAAGUGGAGCCCAUCACUAAACACAUAGGCAUGGUCUACAGCGGCAUGGGGCCUGAUUACAGGGUUUUAGUGCGACGAGCCCGCAAGUUGGCACAACAGUACUUUCUGGUUUACCAGGAGCCCAUUCCCACAGGCCAACUUGUCCAGAGGGUGGCCUCUGUAAUGCAGGAGUACACACAGUCUGGUGGAGUACGUCCAUUCGGCGUGUCACUGCUGAUAGCUGGAUGGGAUGAAGACCAACCUUACUUGUUCCAGUCGGACCCUUCUGGUGCGUAUUUUGCAUGGAAAGCCACAGCCAUGGGGAAGAACUAUGUUAAUGGAAAAACAUUCCUUGAAAAAAGGUAUAACAAUGACUUGGAAUUGGAAGAUGCCAUCCACACAGCCAUCCUGACAUUAAAGGAGAGUUUUGAGGGUCAGAUGACAGAGGAGAACAUUGAGGUGGGGAUCUGCAAUGAGGCCGGCUUCAAAAGACUCACCCCAGCAGAGGUGAAAGACUACCUGGCUGCCAUUGCGUGAACAUGUCCCCCACCCACCCAGCCACAUUCAAGAUAAAAGCCAGCACAGUAGCCAAUUGUGUCAUGACACACUUUUUUGUAAACCCAUUAUAAAGAUAAUUUGGCUGCAUUGUUUUAUGAUCACACUGUUUCUGUUCCCAAAACAUGGGAGGAAAACGGCUGUCACUUCGUCAUAUUCACUAUUAUUAAUGCGAUAUGACAGGAUCAGACAGCCUGUUGACCAUCACUACAGGCUGGCUGCCCAGACCCAUUUAAAAUUAAUGAGACAGCCUUUGUGCGUGUGCACAGUGAAUGUGCAUUGACGUGUGCAAAUGGAUUGACUAAACUCUGCCAGUGGCGUUGAGAUAACAGCCUUGUUAUAUUAACCGAUUGGCAUUGUUGCCUCACACACACACUGGUGUUGUGAAUGUGUCAGUUGGCUACUGUGCAAAUGAAAAGGAAUGUGGACUCUGAUGAGUGAAAUCUCAAGUCUUCCAUUGAAUCCUAGUUUUCUUAUUGCUCAUUACUGUCAGAAAGGCAAUCCUCACACAAGCAAAUAGGGAGGAUCUAAUGGAAAGUUUUGAGAUUUUACAGUCAGGAUUUGAUUGCCUGUACAGCAGUUUUACCUUUUUUUUUUUUUUUUUUUCCAGACUACCAACAGUUAUAGACUUUGUAUUUUCU